AUGAAUCAUAAGAGAUAUUCCCUUCGGGCAUAUUGCCUAAAAUUUCAUAUAUUCCUUCCCUUAAUAAUUUUUUGUUUAAUUCUAACCACCAAAACAGCUAGAAAUGAGAAUCUGGACCCUUUUGCUGGGCUUAAAGUGUCAAACAUCCCUUGUGGCAAUAGUUUUAUUCCUUGCGAGGACGAUGAAUUAUUUUUUGAUGCAAGCACUCUAGAAAUCAAAAAAUCGGCAGUAUCAUUUGGUGUUAAAACAAGUUCAAGUACCUUCCAAAAAUUAAAAAUAAAUUUUUGUAUUCCAUUAAAAGGUCAAAAUCUAAAGGCAAGUGAACUGCCGCAAACCGAUGAACUCGAAUCCUUUUCAAAUUCAAAAAAAGCCCAAAUGAUCCGUGAAAUCUCAAAGCUUUUGGGUGAUAAAGGAUUACAAAAUGCUGCAAUAACAGCAAAAACGGAAAUUGAUCAACUUUUUAAUACAACAGAAAAUCGGCUUUUUAGGGACUUUAAGGCAACCAAUUUUCUUUUCUCCACGAUGGCUUGGAACGAGCUUUGGCGAUCUGAUCGGCAUAUUAAAACACUCAGCUAUUCUGCAUUAGCCUCAACAGCUGCAACACACUUUUUAAGCAACAAUUCAUUGAUUAAUGUGGAUCAAGUUCGAGUUGGACUUGCUGAUAUGUCUUUACACAAAACUGUUUUGGAACAACACUGUCCUACUAAUGGGAUUUCCGAAUGUGUUCCUGGGAAGUACCGUUCAUAUUCCGGCCACUGCAACAACGUUCGCGAACCUCUUUGGGGUGCUGCUUACGAGCCCUUAAGAAGGUUGAAGCCUGCUAAUUCAGGUAUUGAAAAGCCUCGACAAUUAAGUAAUUCCCAAGGAAAUCCUCCAUUGCCUAGUCCAAGAUUAAUAUCAAAUAAAUUAUUGAAUGGAUCAACAGCUUCAACUAAAAAUCAAAAACAUUCGUGUUCUUUACUUUUAGCCCAAUGGGCUCAAUUUAUUUAUGAAGAUAUUGCUAGGAUUGGAACGAAUAGAAUAUUUUCUAGUGCUCGAGGCCAAUGCCUCCCUUAUGCACGUUCAAUGGCAGCUCCACGUUUAAACUGUUCACUCGGACCCAGAGAACAGGCCAAUUUAGUUUCUUCAUUUAUCGAUGGUAGCCACAUAUACGGCAGUAAUGAAGACGAAAUAUCAACUUUGAGAACGUUUUCGAACGGUCUAAUGAAAACAAACCCACAACCUUCUAGACAAGAUUUACUUCCUCCAGAUUUGGACAACAUUGUGUGCCAGUCAACUUCAAGUUUUAGACCUUGUUUUUUUUCCGCUUCUAGAAUGACCAAUCUUUUGCCAACAGCGGCAGCUUUACAUACUAUUUGGGUCAGACAACACAAUCGGCUGGCUAGGAAUCUUAAGCUUCAACACAUUACAUUCAACGAGUUUUUGCCUAUCUUGCUGGGGAAGGACAGACUACGAGAAAGCGGUCUACAACUUCGCAGGAACACAUUUGACAGCGAUUACAAUAUUAAGACAAACCCUGGAACUUUAAAUGAAUAUGCCUCUUCUGCCGGUCUUUUCUUCUUUUCACUAUUUCCCGGAACUUUGGGCUUCACGGAUUCUAAGGGAGAGAUAUCACAACAACGAGCAAUUGGAAAUUUAUUUAACGAUCCUUCCUCAAUUUAUCAAAAAGGCCGUCUAGAAGGGAUUAUUAGAACAUUACUACACGAACCAAUAACUCGAUUAAAUACUCCACAUAUUGAUGUUGAAUUUCGUGACAAAUUUAUGCGUGGACCAGAUAAAUAUGGGGUCGAUUUGGCUGCAAUGAUUAUACAAAUGGGGAGAGAUCAUGGGUUGGAUAGCUUCACUUCCUGGAGAAAAUUGUGUGGAUUAAGUCGUCCAACAUCCUUCACAGAAUUACCCGACAUUUUCCUUCCGGAAUCACCUUUGGAGGAGUUUAAGUCAAUAUAUCCACAUGUAGAUGACAUUGAGUUGUUUGUUGGUGGACUAGCAGAACGCCCUCUACCUGGAGCUUUUUUGGGUCCUACGUUUAGUUGUAUAAUUGAAAGACAAUUUGAAAGGCUUCGACAUGGAGAUCGUUUUUGGUACGAAAACUUUUUUGAACCGUCAGCUUUUACACUUAAACAGCUAUCAACAAUUAGGGAAAGUACAAUGGCUGGUGUUAUUUGUGAUAAUACUGAUGAUAUUGGAAUGAUUCAACCUAACGUAUUUCAACAGGCUGAUAAUUACUUAAAUUGCCCAAUAGACUGCAACACAACCUCAAUCAUUCCUCGCUUAAAUUUGAACCAUUGGAGAGAUGAAGAACACCGCAGUCAAUUACCCAUAACUAAAGAAACGCUAGAAAAAGCUGUUCGUCUAGGGGCUGAACAAUUCAGAAGAUUACAAGAGGCGGAGAAUGGACGACUUAAUAGACAACCUAGACCAGCAACUGGUGAUUUACAUCAAAUUCCAAGUGCCCUAUUCACUCAUGCUUCUUUAAUGGCUCCAAAAAGGGAGUCGCUAGAUAUUGCUCUUACUGCUGGUAUUCUAAGCGAGACUACAAAAAUUUUGAUUAGAGGUGUUGCCCUGAACGUCAGCGAAAGACUUCCUUCAGAAUUAAGCGUGGAAACGCUGCAGAGAUUACUGCCUGAGGUGGAUGUUUCCCGAGUAGUUGGAAACUUUACUGCUCUUGUUGGAGGGCAUACUCAAAAUCGUAAAGAAUGCUUGCCCAAACCUCUGCCUUGUGACCAUACAGCAAUAUACCGCUUCGAUUUACCUCGAACCAAAGGGAGAAAUGGAAAGCCUUUGCCUUCAGCACGGCAUGUUUCCAAUCUGGUUCAUUUGGAGGCAUUACCUGAAAACGAAUCUGAAUCUCGUUUUCAUGUCAAAUUCUCUCACAUGGUUAUGCAAUUUGGGCAGAUUUUGGAUCACGACAUGACACAUUCUCCUGUAGCUAGAGGUCCAAACAACGCAAUACUUAAUUGCAGCCGUUGUGAUUCUUUUGACACGCUCUCAGUUCACUGCUUUCCUAUUCAAAUUGAUCCUAGCGACCCUCAUUUUCCUGGACGUCAUUCGGAUGGAUCACCUCGCUGCAUGCCAUUUACACGUUCAUUGCUUGGACAGCUUACUCUCGGUUAUCGAAAUCAACUUAACCAGCUGACAUCGUUUCUUGAUGCUUCCUACAUUUAUGGAUCCACAGAAUGUGAAGCCAAUGCCCUCAGGCUAUUUAAUAGGGGCAGAAUGAAUUUUACAAAUUUGGGUUAUAAUAAACAGGUGGAUAGACCUUAUACCAGUAAGAACUAA